AUGAAAGCCGCGCGGUGGAUGGGCACUCGCGAUGUCGAAGUCGAACUCGUCCCCAAGCCCAUGAUCACAGACCCCAACGAUGCCAUUGUUCAAAUCACACAUUGUACCAUAUGCGGCUCGGACAUCCACCUCUACGAAGGCGAGCUAAACGACCAAAUGGAAAAGGGAGACAUUCUAGGUCAAGAAGCUAUUGGUGUUGUUGAAGAAGUUGGACCAGAGGUCAAAUCGCUCAAAAAAGGUGACCGAGUCAUCAUCCUCCCCGUUGUUGCCUGUGGAAAAUGCGACUACUGCAUGCGCGAGGAAUACUCACUUUGUGAUAUCACCAACCCUUCAUCGGAAAUGGAGGCCCUAUAUGGCCACCGGAUGUCCGGAAUCUUGGGCUACAGCCGACUCUGCGGCGGAUAUCUCGGUGAUCAGGCUGAGUACUGUCGAGUGCCCAACGCAGAUCUAACAUGCGUCAAAGCUACCCGGGAUAUUGAUGCCCGAAAGAUUCUUGGACUCGCCAAUGUGGUGACUACCGCCUGGCAUGCCCUCGAGCUCGCGGAGGCACAAUCCGGGGAUGUCGUAGGGGUCUGGGGCUGUGGACCAGUCGGUCUAUCUGCACAGCGACUGGCCAAGCUUCGGGGUGCAAAGAAGGUGUAUGGAAUGGAUCGAGAUCCACAGCGAUUGAAGCAGGCGGAAGACUUUGGUAUGAUCCCGAUUAAUAUCAAGGAGCAUCCGGAUGUGGGUGAUUACAUUCUCUCGAUUCAGCCGCAGGGCCUUGAUCGAGCCAUUGAGGCGAGCGGAUUUCGCAGUCCGACCAAAUCGCCUCAUACAGCAUUACGGACUAUGGGACUGCAACGUGAUAGCAGUGACACGGUGGGAUCUAUCAUCAAGGCGACUCGGAAGGGAGGGAAUGUUGCACUGGUCGGGGAUCUAUUCUUCACAUCUCAUGACUUUCCGAUUGGACCGUUGAUGCAGAAGGCACUGACUUUGCGUGGAGGUCAGUCAGGACCGCAGAAGUAUCACCCGUUCUUGAUGGACCUCGUGGUUCAGGGAAAGGUAGAUCCCUCGUGGAUGUUCACCUUUGAGGAUGAGUUCGAAAAUAUUGCGGAUCACUAUCAGAAGUUUUCACAGCACAAAGUGCCCGGAGGAUUGAAAGUGUGUCUGGUAACGGCAUUUGGGCGCAGCGAGCGUCUCCAGUCCAACAGCGACAUGCCGGUGGAUCAAGCGGAAUCCGGCGGAUACUCUAGUGGGGGAUGA